AUGUCUCUAUCACCAUUAUUCGUGGCACCUGUCGUACUACCCGCGGUUUUCGCCGCCAACUUAGGUGGGUUUGACACCGGAGGAAAUUCUGACAACAAUCCUGGAGAUACGAAUAAUGGCAAUGGAGGAAACGCUGAGGAUGCCGGUAACACCCAGAAUACGAAGGCAACGGCAAAAGCUGAAAACACCGUCAACACUGCUAAUACUGCCAAUACUGCUAAUACCGCUAACACUGCCAACACCGCUAACACUGCCAACACCGCUAACACUGCCAACACCGCUAACACUGCAAACACCGCUAACACUGCAAACACCGCUAACACUGCAAACACCAAUACAGCAAAUACAGCUGCUACUGGCACCCAAACUGCAAAUACACAGACUGGUACGCUCGACACCAAGCUCGAGACCAAGAACACGAAGGACGCUACUCAGACUCAGUCACCCACCGAAACCAAGUUGGAAACCACCGGCGGUUCUGUAACAUUCAAUAAGUGGGGCUUUACUGGAUCUCAAUCACGUUGGGAAGCCGUCACUAACACUGAUUCCUUAUCAGGUUCUCAAUCUGAAAGCAAGUCGCAUACCGCUUCGAUUCUGGGUAACAAGACCUCCGGAGCAAUGAGAGUUGGCGGAGGUGCUUUAGAUGUCAGUUGGAAGAAGACUGUGCUUGUGGGCGUCAUUGCUGCAUUGACCUUGGGACUUCACUCCCUUUAG